UCACCAUGCGCCGCAGGUUAAAAAUGCACUCAGUCGUUUACUCAAGAAACAUGCUCGUGCUUGCAAAUUGUUGCCAAUGUUUACGGACAGUGAGCCCAUGAAACGCAGCACUUGUUAACCGCCAGUCAGUGGUCUUAGCUCCCAUCGCCCAGCCACAUUGAGCUAGGAUUAGGGCACUGUGACUCAACACAUAUAGGCUGCUUGUGUGUGCACUGUGCGUGGCUAGGAAUUUCGCCGUACUGCUUUGUCAAUAGUAGGUUGAAGUUGUCGGUUUCGUAUACGGGUGUACCGUCAAGACAGUGCUCAUUGCAGUUCGAGGUGUUGGCAGUUCUCAUCCUGUAUUUGUAGUCCAGUUCGGUCACUGAGGUCAAGGAUGCCCGUGAAAGGAUACAGCAACGGUCAAAGGAACAACGCUUGCACACCUGUCCGAUUCUUUAUUAACGGCAAGCAGCAUACAGUCCAUGGCGAAUAUGACCCGACCACGUCCCUCAACGACUACAUCCGGGACACUGCCGGUCUACGGGGUACAAAGGUCAUGUGUCGAGAAGGAGGCUGUGGGUGCUGCGCCGUCACGGUAACGCUGAAUGACGUCACCAGUGGCCAGAACUCCAGUUUCUCCAUCAACUCGUGCCUGUGUCCACUGUACAGUGCCGACGGGUGGCAGAUCACCACAGUGGAAGGUAUUGGCAGCAGGAAGGAUGGCUACCACCCUAUACAGGACAGGAUCGCCAGGUUCAAUGGAUCUCAGUGUGGAUACUGUACCCCGGGGAUGGUCAUGAACAUGUAUGGGCUGCUGCACGAGAACCCCACGCCCACUCAGCAGAACGUCGAGGACCAGUUUGACGGCAACAUCUGCCGCUGUACAGGCUACAGACCCAUCCUGGACGCCAUGAAGUCCUUCGCUGCCGACUCCAACAGCCAACAGUGUAUUGACAUUGAGGAUUUGAACAAAAAUCUGUGUCCUCGCACUGGCAUGACGUGUGGCGCGAAUGGGCUGCAGUUGUGUUUGGGCGAGCAGUCGUGGUACAGGCCGGAAACACUGAAGGAUAUGGCCGGAAUUAUAAUGGAGAACCAGGGAAAGAAGGCCCGUCUACUCUACGGCAAUACUGCAUCAGGUGUAUACAAGGAUGACGGACCUUUCGAUGUGUACAUAGACCUGCAUCACAUCAAGGACCUGUACCAGAUACAGGUCACAGACACAAGCAUGCAGUUCGGUUCCAACUUGUCCCUCUCCAAGCUGAUCGACACCCUCGAUCUCAAGAAGUCGGAGAAGGGAUACGCCUACUUCAGCGCCAUAGCCAAUCAUCUGAGAAAGAUAGGAAAUGUCCUCCUCCGAAAUGCUGGUUCCUGGGCCGGGAACGUCAUGAUCAAACAGGCCCACCCCGAAUUCCCGUCCGACGUCUUCACCAUCAUGGAAGCCGUCGGGGCUCACAUCGCUGUUGUCGAUUGCGCGGACGGAGUGGUCAAGUCAUACCCGCUGCUGUCACUCAUCACGGAAAUCGACAUGAGGAACAAGCUCAUUGUGUCGCUGGAACUGUUCAAACAGGACGAGAAGUAUAAGCUGAUAUCUUACAAGGUCAUGCCAAGAUCGCAGAACGCCCACGCCUAUGUGAACGCAGGAUUCCAGAUCCAGAUGGAUGCGUGGAAAUUCAAAGUUCUCAAGAAGCCGUCUCUGGUGUUCGGGGGCAUUAACCGGGACCUGAUCCACGCGAACAAGACGGAGGCCCUGUUGAACGGCAAAACGCUGACAGACGGGGUCGUUUUGAGAAGUGCGCUUGACUGUCUGGCUUCUGAGUUGGAACCCUCUGAUGACCAUGUUCUGGCUAGUGCCCAGUACCGCCGUAAUCUCGCUGUCAACCUCCUCUAUAAGUGCAUCUUGGAGCUGUGUGGAGCUAAACACCAGACAAGGGUGUCAGGACCCCUCUCUAUAGAGCGCCCUCUGUCGUCAGGAGUUCAAGAGUUCCAGGAGAAAAAAGGCAGACUGGCCACUCAAGCAGCCCAUGCCGAAAUUGGCGUCUCAUGCACAGGCAUCAGGAGAGGCAGAGUUCGUCAACGACAUCCCAUCCUCCUCCCAGGAGUUGUCCGGUGCCUUCGUUGUGACGUCACAGGGGCCGGCCACGAUUCAGAACGUAGAUGCGUCGAGUGCCUUGCGUCUGCCAGGGGUCGUGGACUACGUCAAUGUCAAGGACAUCACGGGGGUCAACAACCGCGCACCGUCUCUUUCAAUGAUUCCCUUUGCUCCGGAAGAGGUGAUCAUUCGUUUCCUGAAUCACAUGUUCUGUUCUGCAGUGGAAAGGUUCUGUUUGCAGGACAACCAGUUGGCCUGAUUCUUGCAGAGACCCAGACCGCGGCGGACGAGGCGGCCAAGAAGGUGGACAUUACGUACAGUGACGUCAGCACCCCCAUUCUUACUCUGGAUGAAGCUAUAGAGAAAGAGAGUUUCUGGGCCAACCCAUUGGCGGAACACAGACUUGGCGAUCCAGAGACUGCUAUGAAGAAAUGCUCCAAGACCCUGAGAGGCACGACACGGUGUGGUUCAAACUACCACUUCUAUAUGGAGAACCAGGUGACGGUGUGUGUGCCGUCAGAAGAGCGAUUGGACGUGUACUCAUCCACGCAGUCGAGUGAACUGACGCAGGGAGCUGUCUCCAUGGUUACGGGGUUACCCAUGAACAACAUCAUCGUGACAGUACCCCGGUUGGGUGGAUCGUUCGGGGGCAAGGCUCUGUGUUCUAUCCCUGUAGCUGCUGCCGCUGGUGUUGCCGCGUACAAGACCAAAAAACCAGUGAGGAUCUCUGUAAAUAUGUCGACGAACAUGAAGAUGUCUGGAAAGCGGUUCCCAAUGCUUGCCAAUUAUGACGUUGGUUUUGACGAAGCAGGGCGUGUCAACGUGGUCAGCGUAGACGUGUACUGCGACGGGGGCUGCUCCCCUAACUCAGCGUUAUUUUUCAAUGAAAUUAUGAUGACGUUGGAUCAAGGUUACCACAUCCCUAACUGGAGAAUCAAGGUGAUCGCUUGCAAGACGGACACACCGACAAACACCAGCAUGAGAGCACCAGGCCCUUUCCCUGCUGGUCUCAUCAUCGAGUCUGUGUUGGAGCACGUGGCCAAGCAUCUCAGUCGGAACGCCCUGGAGAUCAAAGAGCUGAACCUAUACAAGGUCGGCCAGACUGACCUGCGUGGACAUGAACUGACCUACUGCACCUUGAGAAAACUGUGGACUGACCUACAGCAGUGGGGGGAUGUUGCGAGACGCCAGAACGAGGUCAACAGCUUCAACAAGGCUAACCAAUGGAAGAAACGUGGGCUGACGAUGACGCCUGUGAAGUAUGGGUUUGUGUACAUGGGUCCGGGCCAUACCGUCGACGUUGCCAUCUACGCCCGAGACGGCACCGUUACCGUCGUCCAGGGAGGCGUUGAGAUGGGGCAGGGUUUAUUCACCAAGGUUGCGCAAGCGGUGGCCAUGACCCUCGGCAUUCCCGUGAGCAAGGUGAAGGUCCUGCCAAACCAGUCUCACACAACAGCCAACAGCUUUCUGACUGGAGGAAGUACGGCCAGUGAAACAUCUGUCAUGUCUGCCUUGAAGUGUUGUGAGAUCCUGAAAGAAAGAAUGGCACCAAUCCGUGAGGCCAACCCUGAAUCUGACUGGGAGGCGUUGGUGAAAGCGUGUGACCUGGCGGGAAUAGAGCUGACAGCAAAGCACAAAUCUGCCCCAAAGAAGAAGGAAGGUCCUGGAGAGUUCCACUACUUCACGUACUGCGUGGGGGUGACGGAGGUGGAGCUGGACGUCCUCACGGGGGAGAACCAGGUCCGGAGGGUGGACAUACUCUUCGACUGUGGGGAGAGCCUGAACCCCACCAUCGAUAUUGGUCAGAUCGAGGGUGCCUAUGUGAUGGGGUUGGGGAACCUGCUGACGGAGAACAUCAUCUACGACCCGGAGACAGGGGCUGUGCUGACUGACGGAACAUGGGAAUACAAGCCCCCGACAACUAAAGACAUUCCCGUGGACAUUCGCAUCAAAAUGUUGCCAGAUGCGCCAAAUCCCUAUGGCGUUAAAGCAUCGAAGGCUACCGGUGAGCCUCCCAUUGUCUUAGCUACUGGAGCACUGUUCGCGUUGAAACAGGCCAUGGAAGCGGCCAGGUUUGAUCUGACGUCAAACAAAGAGUUCCAGCCAACAGUGGCGCCGUACACGGUGGAGCGGCUGAUGCUGGGGUGCGGCGUCCAUGUUGAUAAACUCGUCUUGUGAGUGAUGUCUCCGUCGGGGAAGUCGUGAUCGCUGUGGAGGAAGAUGUUCAGUGUAUCAGCGUACACAACUAUAUAUUACGACCAUGGCGUCUUGAACUAGACUGCAAUUAGUUGCAGAUUCCAUAUCACACAGAGUUAUAAAUCACAGCUUUGAUUGUCCUUGUAGCAAUAUCACUCAGAACUUCAGAACGAAAAUUAAUUAGAAAGUGGUUAUUGUAACAUGUGUUAUAUUUGAAUUACACAUUCUCCGUAAAAUACAGAUUAUAGUUUUUGUUGGGUUGAGUCUAAUCCUGGAUUCGAACCCGCACUGUCAUACCCCUGGGUCAGUGGAUCGCUGACUGUGUGCUGGCGAUUUGGUGAUUAAAUCUGACGUAAUGGAUUCGAAUCCUUUUUGGGACUCAAAUGAGUGUAGUCCCAAAUGUAAAUUAUGUUACAAGGACAACAGGCUUUGAUUUCAACCUGUGGUCAGGUUUUUUCCACUGCUCAUGUACACAUGAUAAUCAUUUAACCAUCUAUAUCAUCUCAGCAUGUUGUUUUACUACAAUCUGUAUGUAGGGGGCGGUGGGGUAGCCUAGUGGUUAAAGCGUUCGCUCGUCACGCUGAAGACCCGGGUUCGAUUCCCCACGUGGGUACAAUGUGUGAAGCUUAUUUCUGGCGUCCCCCGCCGUGAUAUUGAUGGAAUAUUGCUAAAAGCGGCGUAAAACUAAAUCUCACACACUCAGAUAGUCUGGAGAGACGUGGUAAGAUACCAAUUAAAUAUUUAAUCACUGACUGUAGGUAGUCUGAAAGUGUUGAUAACGAGAUACUAUGCAUAUGUGUACUUUGGUAACUUUUGUAAUAUUUUCUCUGAUACUAAAGGGGCUAGAAGCACGAGCAAUAUUUAAAUAUAAAUGUUUUAUCUCUUAAAAGUAAAUAGAUAAAU